CUAUAAAAGCCUGCAGCAACAAGGCUGUGGUACGUCCACCGGUCAUCCCUGGUCGUCACAAUGUAUUCCUAUUUAACAUUUUUGUUAGCAAUUGGCUUUGCAGCCUCCAUAUCCUUGCCAACAGGACAAUACAAAUAUGAAUCCCAAAUAUUAACAAGAGCCCCACGAGGGGAUCUCACUGCUGCCGGACUGAGAUUUGCUGCUGACGUUUUAAUCGCUCCUUCGAGCAAAGCUGAUUCUUAUUUGGUUCAUUUUAAACAUGUCCAUUUAUCCAGCUUGAAUGGCAUAAAUCCAGCUUCAUCUUGGAGUAAAAUCAUCCAUGAUGAAUACUGGACUCUUCACAAGGACAGUGCCUGUAAAGGUGAUCUUUGUUCACUUACUAAACCUUUCCUCAUUAGAGUCAAGCAAGGUGUAGUCCAGGAAAUUGUUGUUGAAGAGAGCGAACUGCAGUUGUCUGUAAACAUCAAGAAAGGUUUUGCAUGGGAAUACCAGAAGCUCAUGCUCCAAGAAAAUACUGUUUACCAACAAUUGCCAACACACUAUGGUUAUUGUGACCUCAGAACCAUUCUCAAGUCAAAUGCCACUUCUGAGCAAUUUUUGAAACCAAUCAAGAAAAUUCACAUUGCUCCAGUCCGAGAAACUUGUAGCCAAUAUCCAACUGAUACUGACAGCAUCAUCAAUGAAGUGAAAUCAACUGCUGAAGUGAUGGAUGGCAAAGUGUACAACUUGUACACAGUACAAACUGUUCAGCUGAGAAUUAGCAAGACGGAUAAAACUGAGUUUGUCACUCAAGUGAAUCAAACCCUCUCUUAUCAAGGAAAUGAGACUGAAGAACUACCCCCAGUCAAAGCCACCAUUCCAUAUGAAUUGGUGCCUACUAUUGAUGACGAUAAAAUUGGAGGAGAUAAAUUUGUUCAAAAAGUAUUGGACGUUCUGUUGUCUUUCACCCAAAACCUGACAAGUGAUCAUGGACAAAAAUCACUCGAUCUGUUACAUCUUCUCAGAGUUGCUGAUAAAAUUUCCUUGAUGAAACUUUAUGCUUUAGUCAAACUACAACCCAAGAACUGGACCACUUUGUAUUCUUUCCUGUCUGUCGCUGAGUCUUGUGAAGCAAAUGCUGUUCUCUUCUUGGCGAUGGAAGAAAAGUCCAUUUCCCGUGUUGUCCUUCCAGAAGUCCUUGAGAAACAAUACCGAAAUACCAAACGUUGUUCUGACCUGGUUUCUAGACUGAAGAAAAUCAUUGACAGCCAAAUCUGGGAUGAAGACAUGGUCGAGAAAGCUUAUAUGGUUCUGAGUUCUCUUGCCAAAAAAUACCCAGAGUACAUUCCUGAAGUCUGGCCAAUUGUUGAACAACUGAUGUCAACCAAACCCGUUUUGGCUCUGAAGAUGGCUGGAAAUCUUGGAUAUGUCAUGAGACUAUUCCCACAGGUUCAAACCCGUGAACUGAAGAUUUUGGUCCUGGAGACAUUGAGACAUUCAAAUGAAUCUGAUGUUCCAGAAGCUUUGAUUGAGAGCUUCAAGAUAUAUGAGAAUUGUUCCGAACAUGAAGAAAUCCGUAUGUUGGCUCUGAAGACGUACCUCUACCUGUCCCCCAUCAAUCAAACAUGGACUGAUAUUAAAGUUGUCCAAAAGAAAAACUGUUCUCGGAAUAUUCAUUCCUACAUUGAGGACAUCUUAACAAUUACAGCCAACAGAAACUUCCCAACUGAGAAACCAAUGGCCAAAAAAGCUUGUGAUCUGAAAAAUAUGCUUACCUUACUAACUCCAGAAAGAAGCUUAUUGGACAUUAACGUUUCCAGAGCUUACAGUUUACCAUUCUACUGUGAGAAGUCCAACAUGGGUGUAGCUCUCCAGGCUGAACUCAUCCACUCCAGCAAUGUUACUGACCUUCCUGAAGAUCGUAUAUCCAUCAUAAUAUUGAAGAUUGAUACCUUUGGUCUUGACAAGAAGAUGGAGCCACUUGAGAUUCAACUGAUGCUGCCAACUGAAGUCCUCAAGAGAAUUAUUCAGUUACCCAGACAGAGCUGGAGACCUGAAAUGCUGGAGGAGGUUUAUGACAUUCUUUCUGAGAUUGAAAUCAGAAUUUUCAUUCAAAACGUAGAAUAUUCUUCUCUUCCAAAUGUACAAGAAGCAGUGAGACAAGUUUAUGAGAGAUAUUUGGCCCUUCAACAAUCUGGCAUCAACCAGGUUGCAGUUCCAAUCAAUGCUGUAUACAGACUGCCAACUUCACUUGGUGUUGUUCUCAGCAAACAGCUCACCGUUUUCGUCAUUGCUAGAGCUUAUCCUUCAUUGUUAGCUGAUUCAGUACUACGUGUUUUGGAAUCAUUGCCGAUUGUUCUGACAAGUGCUGAAAUCAAAGUCUCUGUAGAGAAUGCUUACAUGAGUUUGAAAACAGGAUCACGCAUCGAUGCUUGGAGUGAUCUAAGAAUCAUGGACACAAACCUUAUAAUAACUGAAAAUCGUAUUCGUAUUGUGAAGAAGCUUUCCCGUUGGGAGGACAAAACCAUCUUCUAUGCCAGUAUAACUCCAGUUGCAAGCAUACAGGUGUUCAGACCAUCAGGAUAUUUCGUUGCUUUCAACUCUCUUUCUGUUCAAACACCUGCAAAACGCAAUUAUAUCAAGAGUCUUGUUGGUCUGAAGAAACCAGAAAUUCUUCUGGAAACAACUGGAUACGUUGAAGCUGAAUCCAUUGUGAAACCAUGGACCACUCUCUUCAGGGAACAAUAUCUGAUGGUAGAUAUGCAUUUCAAAAAAGGAAGUGAUGAAGAUUUAAUCAUUGACUUGCAAAGAAUUCCAGAUUAUGUAAAAUCCAAGAAAUUGGGUGAACAACGCAUCUCCGAAGGCUUGAACAUCUCAGUCAGCAGAGGAGUGGAACAAUCAAAAGUCUUGAUCCGUGUGUCUCAAGAAAAGAACUGGAUCAUCAGAAUUAAUUCCAAUGUUUCCUUAGUGCCUUCAACAGAUGUUGGAAUUUUGGAUGCCAAGUUUGAAAUUGAAAUUCCAUCAAAAAUUGAACCAGAAUGUAUUUUGAACAAGAAAUACUUAGUUGGCCAAAUUCUGCAGAAACCCUGGACUUCUCUGUUCAGUCAGUUCACUUGCAAUCAAACAAAAUAUCCUCGCUCCUAUGGAAGACUCCUCGAUGUCAUCGGCUGGGCAGUUUCAAAUGAAGAGAUGUGGCACAACUAUGACAAUAUGUUUAGCGAAAUCAUGCCAACAUAUAACUUUGAAGACAUACUCCAAUUGCCACCAGUUUACAAAUUGGUUAAAUCAGUGAAUAUUUUGUCAGAGAAAGUCAAUCAAUUGAAGAUGACCAUCACUCCUAAUUGUUCUGAUGAACAAAAACAGGCUGUCGUUUUAAUCUUGCAAGAAUUGAGGAAAAUGAAAACUGAAAUUGAACAAGUACUGAAAGACCCAGUUCAGGAAGAAGUCCCAGUGGAGUUAGUGAUGAGAAGAGAAGUGGUUGUUAACUGGGUGUUACAGAAAUAUGCUGGUUUACUGUUCCACGUUUCCAUUAAAGUUAACAGAACUCAAGACCUUUUGGAUCAAACUCUGCAGGAUUAUUCCAAAUUUGUUACUGAAACCAUUCCAGUAUGGCAAGACAACAGUAAGCGUUACAGCAGUGUCAUCCAAAAGGCAUCAGAAGCUGUCUCUGCUGACUUGCAGAAUCUAGUCCAAGAAACUACUGAUUACAUGGAAUCAAGCUUUAAAAUCAUGAUCGAUGCUACCAAUGUUGGCCAGGUUGAAUCUUUGUACAGAGUUUUGAUAAAAAAGAUGACUGAAAUUACACAAUCGAUCCAAUUAAAAAGUCUUGGCAGUAAAGUAAACCCCUACCUCUGGAUCAGAAGUCAGAGUACGGUUGUUCUUCAAAAUGUAGCCGACAUCAGCGUCUAUAUAUUGAACCAACAACCCCUCAUGGAACCUCUCUCUCAAGUUGUUCGUACCAGCAGAAGUAACACCUUCAAACUGUACUUUACAACUUUGUACUUGGAGAAAUUAUGGAAUGGAACAAGGCAGAUUCAAAAUGCAACACUCUUUGCUAAAAUUUCUGAGCUUGCUAACAGAACCUUGGAAACAAUUUAUGGUAUGCAGAACAUUGAGAUGCACAUGAAGCUGACCCUUAUUGACAUAGUCAAUAUCGAUUCUGUUGUUACCGAAUCAAGAAGAGUUAUUGCUGCUAGUGAAAAAGUCUUGAACAUUCUUAAAGAAAUAGAUGUUAGCUCUCUGCAAGAUCCACUUGCUUAUGUCACCAUCUUUGACAUUCUUGCUAUUCAAUACCAUGCAUACAUUCGUGUCAAAAAUGCUGCCAAGGUUGUAUUUAAAAUCGUAUACAAUGAUCUAGAAAACAAGAAUCUAAACGAAAUCAUCAAAAUCCAGCAGAAAUUGGAUUCCUAUUGUGACAGAGUACCUAAAAUGGGCAAAAUUAUUGCACUGAAAUCUUCUAGUUUGGAAUCAGAAUGUCCCGUUGGUCAAAAGGUUCAAGUCCAAGGCAGCAUCACAUGGCCAACACAGCAUUUAACUGUGAAUGUCACUGCAAAUCUCACCAAAUCCUGGGAACAGAUUAUUUGGGAAAUGUUGCAGCCAUUACCAUUGAGUAAGAGUGCUGUCACAUAUAGAUGGUUACAUGAUGUCUCUCAUGGCAAACCAAACAGUUUGGCCAGGUUACAAAUUAUCAGCCGAGUGAACGCUUAUGAAGAAUUCCAGAUUGAAACUCAUGUCAAGGAAGGUGAAGUUCCACAAAGCUGGAUCGAAACAUCAAGCAAAACCUUUGAUAAGGUUCACCAUUCACUCUUCCCAUUCUUCUCCCUGAAAGCUGUUACUCUUGAAUCCCCAGUCAUGAAAGACAGUUGUCGUGGAGUGUGUAUCCAAGGAGUUGUUUCUGAUAGGAAUUCUCUAGUUAAUGCUGUGUUCCGCCUCCCAAGAUCAGUCUACACAAUCAAUGUUCCAUGGACUGUGUUGACCCCACUUAGAACGAAAACAUGUAAGAAUUCUUCUUCUUCUUUAUUAUUAUUAUUAUUAUUAAUAAUAAUAUUAUUAUUAUUAUUAUUAUUAUUAUUAUUAUUAUUAUUAUUAUUAUUAUUAUUAUUAUUAUUAUUAUUCAUUAAGGGAACAUUACAAGAAUGGGCUUUUGACUUGGGUUCAAUUUUCAAGAGAAUGACAGACAAGGGCGAUGAUGGGGAUGGCAGUGGAUCAAGAGUAGAGGCGAGAAAAGGUGAGGGUGACAACACAGUCUCCGGCAGAGACAAUGAUGAUGCCGACAAUGAACUGGGAGGCGGAGGACGGCGGGAGUCUGUCAUUGCUGGUAGCAACACCAACAAUGUCAUCACCACUACUACCACUACUACUACUACUGUCGUUACACCAGACUUGGUUGUCACUGAUUGUAAAACCUGGCGCCGUGUAACAAAACCAUUUGCACCAAAAAGCUUGCAUUUAUAUUUUCCAAGUCAGAUGGGAAUACUUAGUUUCAGAUGUCCAUGA